AUCACAGGAAAGCCAAUUGUCAGUGGAGGAAUUCACGAACGUGCUUCCGCCACCGGACGUGGAGUGUGGAAGGGACUCAAGGUGUUCACCAACGAUGCUGAUUACACGAAGAUCGUAGACCUUGACAUCGGACUCGCUGGAAAGACCGCUAUCAUCGC